AUGAGCGCGAUAACGACCACCACCCGCACGACCGCGGCCGCGACGGUCUCGCCCCGCGGCCCGUGUCGACGCACCGUCACCGCGUCGGCAUCGCCGCGGGGCGACGCCGAGGCCUCGUCGUCGUCGUCCACCUCGCCAUCCUCGCCGCCCGUCCACCUUCGAAGACGGCACGCGCUCGUCGCCCUCGUGGCUGCCGCGGUGGCCCCAUCCGGCCCCGAACAACGCGCCUCGGCGCUGCCCCUCGCGCCACUCGGCGAGGUCAAGCGCGUCGGCGGCGACAAGCGCACCGACCUCACCGCCGAGAAGGUCCGCGACCAGCUCGAGAGAGACCUCCGCGACGGUCAGUACUUCGUCACCGGCAACCUGACGCGGGAGAUCUUCGCGGACGACUGCAGGUUCACCGAUCCCACCAACGACGUCGUGGGCCUGUCGCGCUACCUCACCGCCCUCGGCCUGCUCUUCGAUCCGGCGACGUCGUCCGUGGACCUGUACGACAUCAAGGUGACGUCGCCAAACACGGUGGAGGCGGACUGGCAGUUGCAGGGCUACUUACGGUUCCCGUGGAAACCCAGGGUGGAUCCUUACUCGGGCCACACCGUGUACUCUCUCGACCCCGAGACGAAGCUGGUGCGGAGCCAGUUCCAGACGUGGAACAUAUCGGGCGCGAAAGCCAUCGCGGAGUCGUUCACGCCGACGACGGGACCGGGCACGUGA